GUUGGGCACUCGCGUAAAUAAGUCUCCUAGCCGAUUACAGUUCGCUUACCACGGCAAUGGCAACUAGUCUAGUCGAUCAAUAGAGGAGCCACUGGGACGGCGACGUACGCAGUAAUAACUUAAUAUAGUUACCUACAUAUGCCAACAACCGCACCAAGUGAGUCUUAUAUUCAAAGUAUAUCCAAGUAAUCAUCACGAGUACAGAAUCAACUAGUCUAAGAAAUUAAGAAAUAUUUACUCCAACUGUCCUUUUUGAAUACCUUGACGCACUAAGCGUGUUCUCUCAGCAUCCAAAACUAGAAGCGGGAGAGCCUACAUUUAGUACAGCAACGAGGCGAUAAUUUCCCGAUCUUUUUCACAUCUCCACUCUCCACUUUAGGUGUGCCGCAUUUGCCCAUGAAGUGUUCAUGCAGGAAAUGCCCGCCUAAAGAUUCUUGGUAUAGUUCAGGGAUAGGGGCCCAAGUCACAUUAUUAUCGUAAUGGGCCGCCAUGGGGUUUCAAGUAUUUCAUAUUCGGUCAGGUCGCAAUGCCGUCUGAGCUAUUCAUCUUGACUUUACCAACUUCAAGCUAACAUACACAUUUACCAUUCACAUCACAUAAACUUUUCAGUCUCAUUAUACUCAGCCAUGCUCGAGGACGGAUCAGAUCAGGAUGUAGUCCUAGUGACACAACUACCAUCAGACUCUUGGUUUGAAGCUUUUGCUUUGCGGCCCAAUGGCAAAAUCCUAGCCUGUCGACUAGACGAACCCGAAUUAUACACAUUUAAUCCCGAAGACUCGGAUUCGACACCUCAGCUACUGCAUACCUUUGAUCAAAAUGCGAACGGUCUUGUCGAUGCAGAUCCAAUACCGGGUACCGAAGAUGAAUACUUCGUCCUUUCAACCGUUGGCGAUCUAGUUAAUGUCGAAUUCACCGAUUUUAUCAUAUGGCGCGUAGCGCUCAGCCCUGACGACAGCAAUCCGCCCAAAGUCACCAAAGUAGCCGAAAUCCCAAAUUCAGGCCUCUGCGCAGCCGCCGUCGCCAUUUCAGACCGUGUGGUGAUAAUACCAGACUCAACUAAGAAUUGCAUAUGGCAUCUCGAUACACUGACAGGUCAAUCAUCACUGCUCAUAGCCGACGACACUAUGAAGAUUGCAAACGGCGAAGGAAAUUUCUUCGGUCUUAACCGGAUAUGCAUCACAGAUGAAUUUAUAUGGUUUACGAAUACCAGUGCUGGUUUAUUAUGUCGCAUCCCAAUCGAACGAGUUCAAGAUGAUCCAUCUGUAGGAAUCCGCAUAAGAGGACCUGUGCAGAUUCUUACUGAUGAGAUCACUGACUGCGACGGACUAGUUCUUACACAGGAUGAGAAUGCGGCUUACACGUGUAGUUAUAAGGAUGGGUUUAUCUGGAAGGUCAGCAUCGAACCCUCUACGGGCAAGGCCACGACAAGUGUUGUCUUGCGGAAUUUAGCCUCGCCAACAGCCGUCGAGCUGAACUACACCAAUGGCAGGUCGAAAUUGUUUAUCGUGUGCUGCGGGGAGAUCCAGACGGGUUGGAUUCAGGAUAGAGAAAAUCCCUGGAGCGACAUUGUAAAUAUCAAUGCGGCAGUGACGGUUCAGGUUGAGACUCGGGAAGAGGUUGAGACUGUUUGAUAUUAGCGUAUUCGGGAAUGGCAACUCGGCUUGGUUAUCUACGCUGGUACAAUUGAUGACUGGCCCAUAUACCCCUUUAAUGGCACACAACACUAGGCAUAGGAUAUAACAUCUAAUGAAGAGAAGCUCUUCAUAUUCAAAGACCUUGAACUCCCAUUAGCGAAGUCUAGUCGUGGCUACUAUGAUUAAGUGAACAGCGAGAAA